GGAAAUGAAACACUGGACACUUUAAUAGUGUCACUGUAUCUUGCAUUACUCAUCUCAUUUGUGUAAACUGUACUCUAUACUAUUCUACGGUAUCUUAGUCACUUUAAUUGUGUGUAAAUAUUGCAUAAUCCAUCUCAUAUGUAUAUACUGUAUUCUAUACUAUGCCACUGUAUCUUAGUCCAAUGCCACUCUGACAUAUAUGUAUAUAUUCUUAAUCCAUUCCUUACUUAGAUGUACGUGUAUUUUGGGUAUAUUUUGUGAAUCUGUUAGAUAUUACUUGUUAGAUAUAUACUGCAAUGUCGGAGUUAAAAGCAUAAGCAUUUCGCUACACCCACAAUAACAUCUGUUAAACACGUGUAUGUGACCAAUACAUUUGAUUUGAUUAGAAAGCACUGUGCAUUUUUAUGCAGAAUAUGUUUGUCAGUCCCAAUGUGUACGUUGUGAUGAUGAGUGUGUGCUCUGUCUGUGUCAUUUAUCCCAACGUUAAACAGUAGAUCUGGGGGUCACCAGUUUCCCAGAUUCCCACAGGGCUCUGUGAGUCACUCUCCAUCACCCCCCACGUGUUCCCCUGAGACAUGACCAUUGUCCACCAGCAUUAAGAACCCAAGCACCCCCAUUGGCUACAGACUGAGAAACUCCAACAAGCCCAGUACCCACACAUUCAUAUGCAGAUUUGGGACUAUAUAUAGGAGAGAAGAAGCCAGUAGAAAUCAGAUGUUUUCUACACAGAAGCCUUUACAGCACAGAGAUCCAGCCAUGGCACCUACAAUCACUUCAGCUAUGAUCUACUCUAAGAACCACCUGACUCUGACCAACAAGCUAAGAAAGCCAGUGGUGGAGAAGUUACGCAGAGAUCGUAUCAACAGCUGCCUUGAGAAGCUCAAGUCUCUCCUGGGUCCAGAGAUCCUCAAUCAGCAGCCCGACUCCAAGCUGGAGAAAGCAACCAUCCUGGAGAUGACAGUGAGCUUCCUGAAACGACAGCAACAGUAUCAACCAUUGAGCUCCUCCUCCUGCUCAGCACCUGACAAUCAGGGUUACUCCAGGUGUGUCCAAGAGAUUGUGCACUUCCUGUCCAAGGAUGAGGUGACGACAGAGUCCCAGAGAAGACUGCUGAGCCACUUCCAGAGCCUGCAGCCAUCCUCUGGUAAGAACAGGAGGGAGAGUGACCUGCUUCAGUUGAGCACCCCAGCCCAGCACAGCAUGAGCAAAGAGAAGGGUCCAGUCAACAGCGCCAUCUGGAGGCCCUGGUAGAGUCCUACAGACUGGAGCUUCAUUCUCAUGCAGGACAUUUCCCAGUCCUUAUUACAGAGGAGUUCAUCCACAUUUUCUACAUUUGCAGGAGUUUAUGUUAAUUUGUAAUGACAAAAUGCAUUGAACAAUAUCAAUAUUUGAAUCUUCCUCUCUUGAUUACAAGAGGAUCAAUAGCAUAUUCUGUUUUAUAUUUCUUUUUUAUGAAGUGAAUAUACUGUGUAUUGUUUCCUGUGGGAACGUUUUAAUCAUUUAUGAAAUAGUGUUCACUGUCUUUCUAGUGGAAAGAUUGUGAGUGAACAAUGUUCAAUCCUAUUUGUACUGUUUUGAUAUCGAAAUUGAAUAUCUUAAUGGCAAAACAUGCAAACCGUAUCAGACGUCAUUACAUUUAUGUAGAGCGACUUACAGUAGUGAUUGCAUACAUUUUCUUCUUUAUACUUGUCCCCCGUGGGAUUCGAACCCACAAUACUGGCGUUGCAAGCACCAUGCUACACCAACUAAGCUACACGGAACAUUAUCGCUUUCCCCUGAAAAUUAUAUCAGCAUUUUAGACAGAAUAAUACUUCCUCUCGAUGGUGAGAGGAGUUAAAACGUGUAGACCUACUGGUUUGUAUCGCUAUGUGAGUAUAUCACAUU